UGGAGAAGACAGUCGAGCAUCAUUCACUUGUAGUAACAAGUUAUAAUAGGUCUACCUUUUUCUUCUUCCAAAACCAGUAAAAUCUGGACACACUACUGAAGAAUCAUUGACAACCAGAAAGUUGGUCAGACGUCAAACAAGUAAAGGAAACAACAAUUAGCCUACCACCAAAAGAUGGGUUUAUGGAAUCUAUUGUGUCGACUUUGGGGUGUAAUAAAUAGGAUUUAUGCACCCCUAGCACUAACCAACUAUCACAAUCUGCUAAAUGAUGAAGAGAAUAAUUUGGAGCAAGAAGUUGCAAAUGAAAAUGAAUUAGAUAAUCAAGUAAUGAAUCAACUACAAGAAUAUAAUGAACUACAAAAAGAGUAUAAUGUACUACAGAAAGAGUAUACGGAACUACAGGAACAUUUAAAUGCAAUGGAGAUGAAAUACCAGACAGAAAUGCCUGACAAUAAUCACAUCUCAGUUCCACAAAACACAGAUUUUAUGAAGAAAUUAUUUCAUGAUGUGGUUAAUCUGUUUGGUAAACAAGAAUUUAGUGAUUUAACGAUAUUAUUACAAGGUGGACAUCGACUUUCUGGUCAUAGAUUAAUUUUAUCAGCUCGAAGUGAUGAUUGGGGUGACAUUAAUCUCAAACUGGAUGAUGAACUUAACUUUUCAGAUACAAAUUAUGAGGUAGCAAUGGCUCUAUUUAAAUGGGUUUAUACGGAUGUUGUGGAUUUAGAAAGUAUGAAGGACCUAUUUCUAUUAGAUCUUUUAAAAGCCUCUAAAAGAUAUCAUUUACAACCACUGUAUAAAAAGUGCCAAGAUGCUUUGAUAAAACUGGUUAAUAAAGGUGACAGUAGAAAUAUUUACCAGACACAAGCAGAAACAUCACAGGAAACUUUAGAAGAUGAUUGUUCAGAUUUUAUCAAAGCUAUCCAGGCCAAAAUCAUAAAUAAUUCUCCGAUAGACAAGAGACGUGGGGUAAAAACUAGUAACAAAGAAAAUAAUGGCGAUUAUAUUCAAAAUGAGGAAGAACAUCUUCACAACUGUUCUAUGUGCGAUGUGGAUUUUAGUCGAUCCCAGGACUUAAUGGAACAUUUGAAGAUACAUUCAGACGAUUCCAGUCGAUCUUUUAUCUGUGGAAUAUGCGGCAAAUCAUUCACGUCUGCUAAACAGAUACAGAAGCACGUGAUGAUUCAUGCAGAAGGCAAACCGUUUGUUUGUUCGGUUUGUGGGAAACAGUACAAAUGUAAAUCGGGCCUUAAGAAACACGGCCUUGUCCAUAGCGGAACGCGACCUUAUCUCUGUGACGUCUGUGGAAAGGCUUUUACUCACAGUGGACACAGGACCACGCACAUGGCGAUUCACUCCAGCAACAAACCCUUUAAAUGUACGCACUGUGGAAAAUGUUUCCGUCUUCAACCGCAGAUGGUAAUUCAUCAACGUAUCCAUACCGGGGAUAAGCCAUUUCAGUGUGAAAUAUGCGGAAAGACUUUCGCGUCGAGUGGUCAUCGUAAAGUUCAUCUCAGAACCCAUACAGGCGAAAAACCCUUUAAAUGCGACCAGUGCGAUCGCGCUUUUCACAUCCGGUCGCAUCUGACGGAUCAUUUACGCAAACACUCCGGGGAGAAAAAUUUUAAAUGUGAAGUAUGUGGCAUGGCUUUCGCCAUUAAAAGUUUUCUCACGGGACACAAGAAGAUCCACAACAAGGACAAACCACAUUCUUGCGGCUCGUGUGGCAAGACUUUUCACCGGAAACAACAUUUAAUCCGUCAUACGAGGAUUCACACCGGUGAAAAACCUUAUAUCUGUGAUUUCUGUGAUCAGUCCUUCGGUGAUAAGAGUACGCAUCAAUCACAUGUACGACGAUUACACAGUCGAGAUAAUCCAAUUGUUUGCACUGUUUGUGGUGGGCUGUUUGCCGAUAUAAACAGUCUAGAUCGGCAUAAUACGGCAGAACAUGUCAUACUAUACUGAGUUCAUAGUAUGGUAAAAUCAGAUAUUCUCAAGACAGCCAAUUGGUCAAACCAGGAGUGUUUCCAGAAGUGUUAUAAUAGAGAAGAUGUGAUGUCCAAUUACUCUAGUAGUAGUUUUGUGUUAAAGAUACAUUAUGUAUGGGAGAUUAGAUAACGAGUUGGCAGUUCUCACUAUAAUAGUUAAAAACUAAAUAAUGUAAAGGCAAUUUGCUGAAUAUUUCAGUCAAAUUGAUCCACUAUGAACCGAGAUUUUAGCGAUUGAAUUUUCGGCCUAGCCUCGAUCAUCAUUACUGAAGUCGGUAGGAUAAAAA